CUCGCUCUGUCUCUUUCGCACACGUCAAUCCACCGUUCUACCAACAUGGCCACGAUAAGCCGUACUUCGACUAAAUUAUUUAGAAAAAUACAAUUUUCACCGGUUUUAACGCGUAAUUUUAGUAAUGUGAAAAGUGAUAAUUCAUUAAAAAAGAUUCUGACAACCUGUGUGUGCGUGGCUGGCGGCGGAUUUGCGUUUUAUGCUGUAAAUAAAUAUGGGAGGAAGAACACGGUUUACGCUCUCAAGGCGAAGCCGGACGAGCUUGCCAAGUCGGUGAAGCUGACGUCUCGAGAGAGGCGGUUCAUCAAGUUUGCGAGCGUCGAGUAUGGGGGACAGCUGUACAUGACGCCACAGGACUUCUUGGAGUCCGUCGUGGAACAGGAGCCUAGACCUCGGCUAAAGCGCCGUGUGCUGACUACGAAGGAGAUCGAACACCUGCGCGACAACACGCCGGCCCUCAAGAAGGGAUCCUCGCAGAUGUUCCGCAACAUGAGGGACAAAGGAAUCAUCUCGUACACGGAGUAUCUGUUUCUGCUCUCAAUUUUGACGAAGCCGGCUUCAGGUUUCCGCAUCGCGUUCAAUAUGUUCGAUACGGACGGUAACCAGCGGGUUGAUAAGAACGAGUUCUUAGUCAUCCAACGCCUGCUGGGUGGUACAUUUAAGGAGCGUAAAAAUUUGGACCCGAAGAGCCAAGAGGCACUGCUUACCUUAGUGUCGACAAGCGCAAUGAAGAACAGGGCCAGUCACGAAGUCCAGGGUUCGUCCACAAUGGAGAAGAUCUUCAGUUUCGCGUGGCGUGGCAAGAGGGGGAUGACGGAUGAAGAAAAUAAGGGCGACGGGGCGGUGGAUGAUAAAGUGGAUGCCAAAGGGGAUGGCAAGGCGCAUGAGAACUACGUGAAUGAUGAUCAGGGCCUACAGAGGAGGCAUAAUGUUGAUACUUUUCUACAGGUGCAUUUCUUCGGCAAGAAAGGUACGAACGACCUGAAGUUCGAGGGGUUCAGGCAGUUCAUGGAGAACCUGCAGACUGAGGUGCUGGAGCUGGAGUUCCACGAGUUUGCGAAAGGCCACGAGACAAUAUCCGAAGUGGACUUCGCGAAGAUCCUCCUCCGCUACACAUACCUGGACACAGACGAGUACGACAUGUACCUGGACCGGCUGCUGGACCGCGUCAAGUACGAGCACGGCAUCACCUUCGAGGAGUUCAAGACCUUCUGCCAAUUCCUCAACAACUUGGAGGACUUCACCAUAGCCAUGCGGAUGUAUACGCUCGCUGAUCAUCCGAUCUCUAAAGACGAGUUCCACCGCGCCGUGAAGAUCUGCACGGGCAUAUCUCAGUCGGAGCACCUGGUGAGCACCGUGUUCGCGAUCUUCGACGCGGACGGCGACGGCCUGCUCAGCUACAAGGAGUUCAUCGCCAUCAUGAAGGAUCGCCUGCAUAGGGGUUUCAAGUCGUACGCCAAGAAUGAAGGCUGGGAGGCAUUCAAGUCUUGUGUCAAACAAGAAAUGAAGAGUGCAGUGUAAUGCCUUCUUCUAACACACAUGACAGAGGGCUUAGUGCGAAUUAGUUUUAUAUUUAACGAGAUAGAAACAUUACUGCAUUUAACCCUCUCAUUGGUUGGUUCAUUGGAGGUGACCAAUCAGACCGCAGUGACGAUUUGGUCUCGUUAAAUGUAAAACAAACUCGUACUAGACCCUUAGAACGAGACAGCGCUACACUCACGUAAAGUGCGAGAGAGACAACGAUAUGUCAUCUAGAUGCGUUUUGUUGCCAUAUUUAAAAACGAUUUUUCGAUCUCAUCGUUAUUUCUCAUUAGUUUUUUUAUUAUUGCAAUUGUUUUUGUUUAUAGUUUUUUUUUAUAAAGGAAGUUGGUUUUGUAUCCACUGAUAAAUAAAAAGUUUUAGAUGAAUAGCCAUUUUUGAUAAUGUUAAAAAUCGUUUGCUGAGUAAGAAAAAUCAAUAUUCAACUUUAUUCUAAAUAUAAUAUGGUUGAAAAUUGAAAAGUUAUAUAAAUAAAUUUAUUACUUAGUGACCAUGCGAAUAAUUAUAUUUUAAAUUACAAAAAGAUUUUCUUCAAGAACCAUUGAUUAUCAAAAAGUAAAAAAACUGUAAACAAAAAUCUUUUGCUACGAAAUUAUUAUAAAAAUUCUAAAUCUUACACUUCUUAAAUUAUAUCUAUGACGUUGCCUUUACCUUGGCCUAAUGUAAUUCUUGCCUUUCACGGCUAAAAAAUUCUUUCAAAAUAGGUAUUACUUAUAAAUGCUAGCAUAUCAUGUCACCCUAAAAUGUCUAAAUUAUUUUUAAUGGUCACAUAACCAACUUUUAACAAGCACCUGACUUUUAAAGUCUUAGGGUCAAAUCAUUUAUUCCAUUUAAACCAUAUACUUAGAUACUUUUGAAUAAUCAACAAAGAAAAAAAUAAACAAUAGUCUGUCAGUCUGUCCAUCAGUGAAGCUAGGUGCUCGUUCCAAAGUGUAGUUUAGAAUGGAGAAAAACGAGCAAGAAACUUCAUUCAUUGCUCUUACCUUUAAAAAAUAUAAUUAUGAUUACUUACCCUCCACAUAACUCUUGGGGUAACUUGAUAUGCUAGCGUUAAAUACAUUAUUAAAUUAUUAUGUAAAUAGAAUAUGAAACACCUAACAUUUACUAACAAUACCUCCAAAGUGUUACAACGGGUAGUUAGUUCUGUAGCUAUUGAUCCUCCACUUACGAUCCUAAACAUACCUCCAAUUCUUUCCUCAAGGGUUUAUAAACCUCCUGAAAAGAAACCAAAGAAAAAAUUAUUUACCACGGCAAGCAAAGAUACAAGAAACAAAGCAAGCAAAAAAGCUAAUGUGAAAAAGGAUCGUUGGAAGCAAUAGAGCAAGAAGUUGAAUGUUGAUUUUAUUGUAACUUUCGUGAGACAUACUAGUUAAUUAUUAUGUUAUCGGCUUAUGUCCGAAUACUCAAACGCUACUCAAUUUUAAGACGCACUCAAGACUAGUUCUGUCACUAUCAAUUCUUUCUAAAAUGACAGAGAUAGCACGAUGAAAAUUGAGUAGCAUAGCAGUAUUCGGACGUUACUCACGUAACUGUUUGACGAGGAACUCGCUACUGAUGUAUCAGCGCGACAGUCGCCGCGUCGUGUGUCGCGGAAUGCUGCUCAUGAAUAUGAGCCUCUAGCAUGGCUUGAAACUAGUCGAGUUCCUCGUCAUACAGUUACGUCAGUAAUAGUCAAAUACUCAAACAUCACUCAAUUUUAAGACGCUCAAAAAUAUAGUUCUGUCCCUACAAAUUCUUUGCAAAUGACAGAGAUAGCACGAGAUUUAACAACUUAGAUUUGAGUAUUCGGCCUAUAACAUAAUAAUUAAUAAGUUGAAUGUUCCUAUCUCCUUCCCUUUCUCCUUUAAACAAGUCAGAGUGCUACCUCGGGUAAGGAUCGUGGAAGUCAAUAUCUCAUGCUCAUUUACUUACUAAUCUUUUAGACAUAGGGAUGAUGACUUACUUUAUGUAAAAUAUUGCUAUUCUGUCGACUGUGGUUAUAACUCUGUGCUGAAAUAGUCACGGAUGGUGAUAACAAAAAAUAUUUAUUUAAAUAUAGACUUCAGACUUUAGCACAUGGUCAAAAGCAACAGGUCUUUUUUCUUAGCCUAAAAUUAGUAAUAUUAUUCAUAAUUAAGUAUAUAUCAUCAUCAUCAGCCUGUUUUCGUCCACUCCUGGACAUAAGCUUGUCCAAUGUCACGCCACUGAGCUUGGUCUUCAGCUUUACGCAUCUAACCACUACCUACCUACCUUGCGGAUAUUCUAUAUAUGUAUAACAAACAUAAUUUAAUAAUAACAAACAAUUUAUGUUCAAAUAUAUAUUUUUUUAAUCGUUUUCGUAGGUCAUCAUCCCUAUUAUUAAGUUUGAUUAUUGUUCGCACAUUUAAUAAUUUUAUACUAAAGUAAGUGUUAUGUGGUUGUCAACAGUGAGAUUAUUUAUUUAUUAACUUAAACAUUAUUUAUUUUAUGUUGCAAUAAUAGUGCUAAUUAUCUAUGUUCUAAUGUUUUCGUUAUUUUCUUCUCAUUGGAAAAUGACUCGAAUUUAAUUCUAAUUUUUGAUUCUGUGAAACGAGAUUUUUCUAGUUAUAGUAAGUUAAUAAGCAAAUAAUAAUAAUUUUGGCUAUCUUGCUUAGCAAAUUGUCUAUAUGAAUGGUUCUAUUUGUUAUUUAUUCAUUUUAAUAUCAUAAGCUUCCGUGAUAAAACAUCUCUGCAAUUUUGUGGUUUUGUAAAAAUUUGCUUUCUUUGUUAAACGUUAAACUUGCUUUGAAAUCUUUAUCUAAAUUUUGUUAUAACUAUCUUACUCAUGGGCGCCGGCAGCAGGAUACAAGGGGGUUCGUUUACCCCUCCGCUCCCAGACAAAGAGAUCAUUUACUUUUCGGAUAUGAUGAAAGUCACUUUCGCCUAGAGUUUUCUUGUCCCAAACCACUUGAAAAUCUUUCAAUAUAAAAAUAGCAAAAGCUAAAAACUAACAAAAUUAUUGAACCCCCCUGGACGCACGCCCCCGGGAAAGAAAUAUUUUCUGUUUGAGGAAUAGGGUAAAAAUGAUCUAGAGCUAGAUUGGGCCCACUUAUAAAAAAAUCUGACAUCAAAGGUCACGUUUUAGAACUUUUCUUGAUUUAUGUCAUACAACAUAAAACUUGUUGAGAUGACAGAACUUGGCCUGGGGGCCGUAGAUUUAAAUUAAUUUUUAAAAUGACAAGAUAGACUUUUUAAAUCCUAGCGGCGACCAUGAUCAUACUUUUAUACUAUUUAAACACUUAUAUAUUGUCUAACGACUGUACCUUAUCACUGAUAUUUUCAGUUUUGUUAGUGAGAGCUGUGUAAGUUCAAAACUUGUUACAAACAGUAUAAAAGUUACUUAAUUGUUAAACUUACUAGUCAUGUCGAGUCGUACAAACAUAGUUUGUUACAAGUUACCAUUAUUAUCGGGCCAAUAUAAACGUGCUUACUGUCAUAAGUCAAUUUUAUCAAUUCCCUUAGUAUAAGUUUGAUUUACGCUUAAAGUAAUCGAAACGAAAGUUAUUGGCCGAAUGGUUGGUUGACCAACCAAUCAUAGCGCCGAACGCUUUCUCGUUAAACGUAAAGGAAACUCGUACUAAGGGUACUUAUCUCUUAUCUCGCUCACACUUAUGCCAGUUGAGCAGGAUAGUCUCAUUCUUUUGAUGUGAUAGUUCGCACGUUUGUAAUGGCCCUGCUAUAGUUAGUUUAAUAUAAUGCACUAUUGAAUAACUAAUAUAUUAUUAUCAUGUUAAUAGCUUGUAUGCUCUUUGAUUUAAUAAAUAAAGUGUUUUGAACAUUA